UAUGCGUAUUGUUUAAAGAGCUCUUUUAUAUUAAGAAUAGUUGUGACUUUCCAUUUCUUCACACUCGUUUUCUCAGAAUGCGUAAGGGUGGAGUGCCCUCGGGACAGGACUGGGAACCACAGGUCUUCAAUUUUUCAAACAAAAAUACUACUCAAAAUCGUCCACUACGCGUUGUCUCUGUAAAGGAGGCAAAUCGCGCACUGCAAAGUGGCCAGGCUGUCGAUAUCCAACGUAAAGAGCACCAACGCGCCAACCAGCAAUCCAGCGGUGCUGGGGCAAAUGCCAAAAAACUUGACGAGGAUCACGAAACUCUCAAAAUCAAGAGGGUAGAUCAUCAGCUCCGGAUACGGAUUAUGAAGGAAAGACAAGCGCUAAAAUGGUCUCAACAAGAUCUUGCUCAAAAAAUAUCAGAGCGUGUGAGUGUAGUCAGUGAAUACGAGAGCGGAAAAGCUGUUCCCGAAGAACGUGUUAUCGUAAAGAUGGAAAAGGCGUUUGGAGUUCACCUGCGUGGUGCAAAGGCAGGUGAACCGUUGGGAAAGAGUCGCCCUGUUCCCAAAACAACUGAAUAAUAGUAAUUCAUAAUCAUUUUUAUUAUCAUCAUUUUAAUUUUUAUUAGGCGGAUUUCCAAAAAAAGUAAUGAUUGAAAAAGGCUGUUUUAGGUUGGCACAACAAA